CGCGCGGCCCGUGGGGCCCGGCUGCAGGGGAGCGCGGCCCGGCACGGAGCGCGCAGGCGCGCGCGGGGCAGGCGGCGGCGGAAGUGAAGGCACGGCUCGGUCAGCCGUCUAGGAAGCCGCGGCGGUCGGCCAGCGGGAGCAGUCGGAGCCCCGCCGGGCUGUCGCGAUUCGACCUCGGGUGCCGGCGCGAUGCCUCUGUUCACUGCCAACCCGUUCGAGCAAGAUGUGGAAAAAGCCACAAAUGAGUACAACACCACAGAGGACUGGAGUCUGAUUAUGGACAUCUGUGACAGGGUUGGAAGCGUGCCCAAUGGAGCAAAAGAUUGCCUAAAAGCCAUAAUGAAGAGGGUAAACCAUAAGGUCCCUCAUGUUGCUCUGCAGGCGUUAACUCUUCUUGGGGCUUGUGUGGCAAACUGUGGAAAGAUAUUUCAUUUAGAAGUAUGUUCCCGUGAUUUUGCAACGGAAGUACGUGCUGUGAUAAAAAAUAAGGCACAUCCUAAAGUAUGUGAAAAACUGAAAUCUCUAAUGGUGGAAUGGUCAGAAGAAUUCCAGAAGGACCCCCAAUUUAGUCUGAUAUCUGCAACUAUUAAAUCUAUGAAAGAAGAAGGAGUUACUUUUCCUUCAGCAGGUUCCCAGACUGUCUCGGCUGCUGCCAAAAACGGUACAUCAUUGAACAAAAACAAAGAAGAUGAGGACAUAGCUAAAGCUAUCGAAUUAUCAUUGCAAGAGCAAAAGCAGCAAUAUACAGAGACAAAGGCUCUGUACCCACCUGCAGAAAGUCAGUUAAAUAAUAAGACUGCACGAAGAGUCAGAGCUUUAUACGACUUUGAAGCUGUUGAGGACAACGAACUCACCUUUAAACAUGGUGAAAUUAUUACUGUUUUGGAUGACAGUGAUGCCAACUGGUGGAAAGGGGAAAGUCACAGAGGAAUAGGGCUCUUCCCUUCCAACUUUGUAACGACUAACUUAAACAUAGAGUCUGAGGCAGCAACGGUGGACAAAUUGAAUGUAAUCGAUGAUGAUGUGGAGGAAAUUAAAAAAUCAGAGCCUGAGCCUAUUUAUAUAGAUGAGGAUAAAAUGGAUAGAGCCCUGCAGGUUCUCCAGAGCAUAGAUCCAAAAGAUUCAAAACCCGACUCCCAAGACCUCUUGGACUUAGAAGAUAUUUGUCAACAGAUGGGUCCAAUGAUAGAUGAGAAACUUGAAGAGAUUGAUAGGAGGCAUUCAGAACUGUCUGAGUUGAACGUGAAGGUGUUGGAAGCUCUGGACCUGUAUAACAAACUGGUGAAUGAAGUGCCUGUGUACUCUGUCUAUUCAAAGCUCCACCCAGCACAUUACUCAUCUCCGUCAGCUGGGGUCCCAGUGCAGACAUAUCCAGUCCAGUCGCAUGGUGGACACUACCUGGGUCAUAGUGUUCACCAAGUAUCUGUUGCUCAGACCUAUAGCCUAGGGCCUGAUCCUAUGGGCUCACUAAGAUCUCUGCCUCCAAAUAUGAACUCAGUAACAGCACACAGCAUCCAAACUCCAUAUUUAAGCACUGGACAGGACACUGUUUCCAAUCCUUCUUACGUGAACCAGAGCCCUCAUCUUCAGGCAGCUGCUGGGACCACUGCUUACUCACAGCCCAUGGGAAUGUCAGCAGAUGUGUCUUCUUUCCAGAACACAGCGUCCGGUUUGCCACAGCUGGCUGGAUUUCCAGUGGCAGUCCCUGCACCUGCAGCCGCACAGCCACAAGCAAGUUACCACCAGCAGCCUCUCCUUUAGAGACACCACGGCUGCCGAGCAUCGUGAGAGACGUGAACUGAACCUAGGGGCUUCUCAUGUGAAAGAGGAAAACUUUCCCCUCUCAGUCAAAAAGAACCAUGCAUAAAUAAAGCACAAAACCCACCCUACCUUACCCUGAAGGCCAUAAAAGAUUUUUUUUUUAAUCCAAUUUACUUGAAGCUCAUCUUUGAUCAAAGGCAGCUUAAAGAUGCUUCAAGUUAGCUUUGUUGUACUUUCUAGGCCCUCACUGAAUAGCCUUAUGACACUACAUGGUAUGAGAUAGGAGAGUAAAAUUUUUUUUCUUUAAAGAAACUUUGUUUCCUCUAAGAUGUGAUUUUUGAGGAGCACUGAAGACCUUUAAACAUUUUUGUCUGCACUUUUUUCUUUUUUGAAUUUUCCACACCCUGUUAUUUUAAAAGGCGAACAUCUUUCAGUGUAAGCCUCUAGCUUGCCAGCAUAUUUCCUUUUGGCUCCUUAAAUUACAGUUGUGUUUGCAGUACUGUCAGUUUUGCUCUCAGUGCUAUGCUGAGUAAUAAUUAGCAUAUAAUUGUACAGAAGCCAGAGCAAUUUGGAAGGUACAAAAAUGUUUUCUGUUAUUAACAGUGAAAACCAUGUAAGUGCAAACAUGGGGAAGCAGUCAGCCAUUCCUCUGAUGGCAGUGGACCAAGGAAUUCCCCACCCACUGUUGGCCUUCCCUGAGGAAAGGCGUGCUCUCGUUCAAGUGUCCCUGGUAUUUAGACUUGCCACUGUUGACCUUUUCAAGGGACGUUAGUGGAUGCUGUCCUUUGGCUUUCCUUCCUGCCGUGCACUUCCUUGAGCCAGGAAACACUCCUUAUAAUCCGAUGUGAUAGAAACCAUCAUGGGUGUUAAGUGUGAGGUAGGCGUGUUACUGUCUUACAGAAAUGAUUGACAUUCCAUUGGUAAGCUGUCAUGCCAAGCUUUCACGUGUCAUGAAAGAAUUGUGCAUUUCCUCAGAAGUAAUUCUGAGCCUUUGCAGUGGCAGCAAGCAGUGAUUUGGUAGACAAGGGAGCCUGACAGGACAGCGGUCAGGCUGUUUUUCUAAAGCUCAUGUUUUAAAUUAGUUCAUCAUGCAAGAUCCCAUACACUGUGGGAGUUGGUGGCAAACCCAUGGGGAUUUUCUCUUAAAUCUCUGCACACUACUUAAUUUUACCAACUUUUUACAUAACACAGACUAGAAAACAUGGAUGCAAAUGCUUCAGAUACAUGAUACUUAGAGUAAGAAAAUGUUCUAAGCUUAGUUUUUUAAAUUUAAAUUUUUUGCAUGAAUGCACUUCUAUCUAUAUUUUUAAGCACUUAAUAUUUCUAUUAAAAAUCUAUUGGAAGACAAUUUGGAAAUUUUGUCAUUUAUCUAUUUACAGAUAUUUGAUUGUAAGUAUGUUCUUUUUUCAAAGAAACUUUAUUCUAGAACAUAUUACUGCAUAAAGUGGCUAGCACUGAAGAGAGAGCAAGCAGCACCUGCGCCCCUGCGUUUUGUGUGUGUCUGGUUUUCAGAUCCAAGAGACUGGGAGGUGUUCCAGCCUCUAGCCCUCCUGUUCUGUUUCCAUGCAGCAUUUUCCUUUCGGGGAACCCAUUUCUGUCCUUGUAAGAAUUACUGCAACACGGCACCUUGCUGUUUUGAAAAAGCCUUCUGUUCUUUAAAUAUUAAGUAAAUAAACUGAAAAGUCCAGAGGUGCUCUUGAUAACUUUUGCAUAUAUGAACACAUCUUACCUUUCUCUUCCAAACUGUGUUUAAUAAGCUAACUUUAGUAUUUGUGCAUUUCCUGUUUAGUUCUUGUCUAAAUUAUAAAAGCUUUAUUCAGUUGAAGCCCUUAAGUCAGUGUGAAUACUGCGUGCUCGUUGAGUGGGGACCAGCCGGUAAAGCUCAUCUGUUUUUGAAUAUGACCUGCAACAUGACCUGUAUAUAAGUAGUGUAUAUUGGUGUCUGUGAAGGUUAAUAUAUGCAGAAAUUUCUUCUUCCUGAAAAGAUUUUAUUUUUUUCCAUUCAUAAAUUUGUGUUGCAGUUAUUGAUAACAUAAAAUGAUAUUAAAUCUGUAUUGAUCUGGUUUUCAGUUAAUACAAACUGUAAAGAUAUAUUUUUCUUCCCAUGAUCCUGUGAACUGUACUUAUCUUAAGAUGUUUGUAGCUAUUUAUUUUCUGCCAAAGGAAUAGUCUAUCUACCUUCAGAUUUCUACAUUGGGUUCAUAGUUAAUGUUUUCUAACAAAUUUUAAAUUUCAUUUUUCAUAUAAAUCUUGAUACAUUAGAAAAAUCCUAAAAAUAUAUAGACUUUUAUGGUAUAAAACAUUUCCCUGAGUGUUAAAGUGGGAUAUGUUUGGAAAAUCAACAGUCAGCCAAUGUUGUCUUUUUAUUUGGUAGCUUGUUUACAAAAUUACCUACACAUUAUCUUUUUACUUAGCAUUUAAAGAUGUAUUUCCAUUAUACUAUUUUAAGUACUUGAUAUUUGACUAAUGAUUGUACUGUACACUGAAGAUGAUAAUAAAGUUUCAUCCACAUUUUGAGAAA